GAAGGAAAACAAAAGGAAGUGUCAUUGAACCAACAGGGACACAUGAUUGUUCUAGAUUUUGAUUCUGCUUCACUCAAGGUCUUUUUUCAGUACACAGACAAAGAGACCCAAAGUACCAAUCUGGGUUUUUUCCUCAUAGAUUCUUCCUGAAGUGAGUCCCUUUCCUUUCAUUUUUCACCUUUUUUAGUUAACAGUUCGGUUUGGAAUUUGUAUGCAAAAAAUGGGGUUUUCUUGAGGGGAAAUUUAGACUUAUUGAAAGUACAAAUUCAAAGCACGAUGAUCGUGAUUAUUUUGUAUAUGAAAGCUGAUGUUUGACAUGUGGGGAUCAAUUGUUUAUAGUCAACUGAUGUUUUGAGUUGUUUAAAAGUAGGAAAUACAAUCCAGGAUUAUAUAUAUAUAUAUAGAUAUAGUAUUUUCAGUGUUUGAUUAACUGUGGAUGAAAAACUAUGGAGGGUUUCUUCCUUCUGAAAUGCAUUUCUGAUUGCAGUUCAUGAAUCCAAACAAACUUUUUGCUGACGAUGUUUCUGCACCUCGGACAGAUUGGGAUUUUCGAUACCGGCGGAAGGAACUUUUCCUGGAAAUUCCUCUUUUUGUUUUUCAUCUUUACUCUGCUUUUGUGUUUCGGGUCAUGAUAGUGUUUAUGAUUCGAAUCUAAUAUACAUAUAGGCUCCGUUAGAAGCGAAUUUGUACAUGGAAGGCGAUGGCGAUGCCGGUCCCGGCGGGUAUACGCCGAAUUCUACGUAUUUGGAUGCUGCCAUGGAUUUGGAUUUUAUGGAUGAACUCUUGUUUGAAGGAUGCUGGUUGGAGACUAAUGAUGGUUUCAACUAUAUGCAGCCUGGUCCUUCGACUUCUAAUGGUCUUAUUGAGCGUGAUACAGUUCCUUUUAGUGUAAACUCGCAUCAAACGUAUCACGGAGAGUCGGAAACACCGGUUUCUCCCCGUUGUUAUAUGACAAUUGAGGACAUUUCUGGAAGUCAAUCACCAAACGGGACGGCUGAUGGAAAUGCUUCAUCAUUGUCACAACCUGGAAGUUUUAUAGUUCAAGGCACUGAGUUAGGCAGUAGAUGGUGGAUAGGGCCGAGCACGGAAUCCGGUUCGUCAUCUUCCGUGAAAGAGAGGCUAAUGCAGGCUAUUGCAUAUUUGAAGGAAUCUACAGAAGAUAGGGAUGUCCUUAUCCAAAUCUGGGUGCAUAAAAGAGAAGGCAAACAUGUUCUUACAACCGAAGGCCAGCCAUAUUCUCUCAAUACGAAUUGCAGGAGUCUCAAAAUCUUUAGAGAUGUCUCCAAAUCCUAUAACUUCCCAGCCGAGGAGGAUUCGAAGGAAUCAGUCGGGUUGCCUGGCCGUGUAUUUUUGGGGAAGUUGCCUGAGUGGACACCCGAUGUUCGUUUCUUCAAAAGCGAUGAAUAUCCUCGUAUUAGUUUUGCUCGGGAGUACAAUGUUGGGGGAUCUCUUGCUCUUCCUGUUUUCGAACGAGCCACGGGAACUUGCUUGGGUGUUGUCGAGCUCGUCACGACUACUCAAAAGAUCAAUUACCGUCCCGAGCUUGAGCAUGUCUGCAAAGCUCUUGAGGCUGUCGAUCUAAGGAGCUCUCCGAGCUUCACUCCUCCUAAUGUUGAGGUUUGCAACGAGUUGUACCAAGCUGCAUUGCCCGAGCUAGCCGAGGUUCUAAGAUCUGUCUGCAAGACAUAUAAACUUCCUUUGGCUCUGUCAUGGGCUCCAUGCCUUAGUCAAGGUAAAAACGGAUGCCGCCACUCUGACGAGAACUUUUAUCAUUGUGUCUCCACUGUGGACGCUGCUUGCUUCGUUGCCGAUACAGACUUUUCGGAUUUCCUUGAGGCGUGCUCGGAGCACCACCUGUUCAGAGGCCAAGGUGUAGUUGGCAGAGCAUUCACUACGAACAAACAAUGCUUUGCAACUGAUAUAACGGUCUUCAGUAAGACAAAUUAUCCCCUCUCUCACCAUGCUAGGAUGUUCGGAUUACGCGGCGCUGUAGCUAUCCCGCUACAAAGCAUUUUUACUCGAUCGGUUGAAUUUGUUUUGGAGUUAUUCUUACCGAAAGAUUGCCUUGACAGUGAAGCACAAAAGCAGAUGCUGAACUCAUUGUCCAGUUUUAUGCAGCAGGCUUGCCAGAGUUUGCAUGUAGUUGUGGACAAGGAGCUUGUGGAAGAAGUGAUACUGCCAGUUAAAGAAGUCACCGUGUUAGACGGGAGAUCAGACAAAGAAAUUAUUCAAUAUAAGGUUUCUUCUCUGAAAGAGAACUCUCCGGAAGAAUCAUCAUGGAUUGCUCACAUGAUGGAGGCCCAACAGAAGGGUAAAGGCGUUUCCGUCUCAUGGGAAUAUCAAAAGGAAGAACCGAAAGAAGAGUUCAAGGUGACAACCCAUUGGGAAGACACUAAACUAGAGUUGCACAAUAAGGAGAUACUUUCGGAUUUCCAGCAGCUUCAUCAAAACGCUGAAACCAAAUCUAGCGUUGAGGGAGGUGGCGGUGACUCCGUUGCUUCUGGCGGUCGUUACAUUUCGGCAGGUACAAGAGCCGGUGAGAAGAGACGAACCAAGAUGGAAAAGACAAUCAGCUUGGAGGUUCUUCGGCAGUACUUUGCUGGGAGUCUUAAAGAUGCUGCUAAGAGUAUUGGUGUGUGUCCUACUACUUUGAAAAGGAUAUGCAGGCAACAUGGGAUCACUCGAUGGCCUUCUCGGAAAAUUAAGAAGGUAGGCCAUUCUUUGAAGAAACUACAACUCGUCAUCGAUUCAGUCCAGGGUGCUGAGGGUGCCAUUAAAAUUGGAUCAUUCUAUUCGAGCUUCCCUGAACUUAGCUCGCCAAAUCUUUCUGGCAAUGGCCCUUCUUCGUCAUUCAAGAUCAGUAACCGUUUAAAGCCAUCUGAACCUCUACAAGGAGUCGCUGCUCCAACUCCACCUUCUUCAUGUAGCCAGAGCUCUGGUUCAACUACCUGUCUCUCCACGGGAGCAAAACAGCAUAAGAGUACUGAUGCCUUAUGUAAUGCAGAUGGGUUGAUGGUGGAAGACCCUGGUGUAGUGAUGAAGAGAGCUCAGAGUCAUGUUGAAUUGCACUUGUUAAAUCAAGAGGAGCCUAAGCUGCUUGCAAGAUCCCAAAGCCAUAGAACAUUCAACGAACUUCCAACCUUCGAGACUCUGCCACCCUUGCCGAAAAGCAGUGUCCAGAAUUUACGAGGGGGUGCCUUUAGAGUUAAAGCAACGUUCGGAGAAGUUAAGAUACGGUUCAGAUUGCAACCGAUUUGGGGUUUUAAAGAAUUGCAAGAGAUUGUGAAGCGAUUUGGUAUCAAAGAUUUGAGCAGAAUGGACCUCAAGUACCUGGAUGAUGACAGCGAAUGGGUUCUUUUGACAUGCGAUGCUGACCUUGAGGAGUGUAUAGACAUACACAAAUCAUCUCAAAGUCACACCAUUAAAAUCUCCCUUCAUCAAGCUUCUCAUCCGAAUCUUGGAAGUUCAUUCGGUAGCAGUGCGCCAUAUAACACCAGGGGUCACCGUCAGCUCCCUUCAAGGUUCCGGUGCAAGUAAUUUGAUGGUCGUAGCGAUUUGUUGAGGAUUUCUCUCUUAUAUCAUUUGUAACAAACAGUUACGCAGUCCAAUUACUUAUUAGAGGGAAUCGGGACACAUGAAUUUUAGACUCUGCAACAAGAGCAUGUAAAUUAGGUUGAAGUCAAUAACGUUGACCGAGGAUUGUGCUUGUUAUGUUUA